CAUCUCUUUAUCUUCUUCCAUCUUCCCAAGCCCACUCCUACAGUCGCCAUGUCGGUCAACGAGCGCACCUACAUCAUGGUCAAGCCCGACGGUGUCCAGCGCGGACUCGUGGGCAACAUCAUUGGUCGCUUCGAGCAACGCGGCUUCAAGCUCAUUGCCCUCAAGCUUGUUCACGCUACUCCCGAGCACCUCGAGAAGCACUAUGCUGACCUCAAGGGCAAGCCCUUCUUCCCUGGCCUCAUCCAGUACAUGGCUUCCGGCCCCGUCGUUGCCAUGGUUUGGCAGGGUCUUGAUGCCGUCAAGACCGGCCGCUCUAUGCUCGGCGCGACCAACCCUCUAGCGUCCGCUCCUGGCACCAUCCGUGGUGACUUUGCCCUUGCUGUCGGCCGUAACAUCUGCCACGGCUCUGACUCCGUCGAGAACGCGGAGAAGGAGAUCGCUCUUUGGUUCCCCGAGGGUAUCGUACAGUACACUCACGACCAGGCCAAGUGGAUCUUCGAGUGAAUGCUGCACAGAGAAGUCGAAAGCAGUAUCAUUGUGUAAAACAGACGUCCAGCAUGUAAUCUAGAAGUCCAUUCCGCGCAUGCCCGUGAUCUCACUGCUUUUUCUGGAGUGCUACUACGCCAGAUCAGAAGCGCUCAAGUGCUAUGUCCCACGCUUCCUCGUCGGGUCCCAUAGGGAUUAUCCGCUCCGA